UCCGAUCACAAUGUCGUGGCUCGCCAAAUCCAUCGCCAACUCUCUCAAACUCGACGACGACGAAGACGACUACACCAAUCCCAACCCCACCACCAACCAAAACCCUAACUCCAAUGACCCCAACUCACCUCAACCCGGCUCGCCGUCCUCCGAUCCCCGCGGCGGCGUCAAAGGCGACCUCUCCGAGCUCACCAAAACCCUAACCCGCCAGUUCUGGGGCGUCGCAUCCUUCCUCGCCCCACCGCCCGAUGCGGCCGCGCCGAAACCCGCCGAGCAGGGACAGCCGUCCGAUCCCGAGGUCUCCGAGGAGGACGUGAUCGCCGGAAUCCGAAGCGAUUUCGCGGAGAUCGGCGGGAAGUUCAAGAGCGAGAUCUCGAAGUUUUCGAGCAAUAUAAAAGUUUCCGAGUUCACUAAGAUCGCUUCGAAUUUGCUUCAGUUUGGAUCGGAGGAGGAGGCCGAGGCGGCUGGGAUUGCUCUCGGUGUCACGCCGGAGGUUCUUGCGUUCGUCAGAAAUAUCUCUAUGCAUCCGGAGACUUGGCUUGAUUUUCCUCUCUCUGAUGAUGAAGAAUCAGAUGAUUUCGAAUUGUCUGAUGUCCAACAAGAGCAUGCUCUGGCUGUUGAACGUCUUGCACCGGCGUUGGCUGCUCUCAGGAUAGAACUUUGCCCUGAGCAUAUGAGUGAAUCUCACUUCUGGAUGAUUUACUUUGUGCUCUUGCAUCCUAGACUGAGUAAACAAGAUACUGAGCUUUUGUCUACACCAAAGAUAGUAGAAGUUAGAGCAAUGUUGUCUCAUGAGUUGAAGAAGGGAAAUAUGGCAAAGCCUGAAUCUGACCCUUCACUAAGUACCGCUGCUUUUUCAAAAGGAAUUACUGAUUCUCCCAAAGAACAGCAACUUUCUGUGCCUCAGUCUGACUUAGUGCCACCCGAAACAUCUACCAUGAGAUCAGCUCCUCUACCAUCAACAGCUGAUAUUGAGACAGAGAAGCAUCCAGUCCAGAGUAGUGAGAUCCAAAUUGUUGACAAGCCCGUUAUUGAAGAAAAACCAGUGAAAGAGACCAAAUAUCCACUGCCGCCCUCCACAUCUUCAUCUAAAGUCUUGGAUGAAAAAGAUGAGGAUGAUGCUGAUGAUUGGUUGAAAGAGGAAUCAGAGAUGGAUGGGGAUGGUGUUGGUGGAACUUCCAUCCCUAUAGAGAACGACGAGGAUGUAUCAUUCAGUGAUCUUGAGGAUGAUGAUACAGAUGUGCCAUCAGGUUACAAGAAGGCCACAUCUGGCUCUGACUCGUCAGCCAAAGAUUCAAGAGACUGGGUUCAGCUAAGCAGAAGUUCUCCUGAUUCAGAUAAGGACAACAACUCUGUUGAAAUCAGACGUGCUGGGUCUCAGGUAAGUUCCCGUAAUCCAGAGACCAAAGAAUCUAAUGACUGGCUUGACGUUGAUGACAUUGAUGUCAUAUGAUGACUAAAUAAGAACCCUUAUUAGGUCAAUGUGGCCUAUUUGUUUGAUUCAUCCCUUAAUGUGAAUAGCUUGUGAAAGGUUUCUUUUAGUCUGAGUUAGGCUAUGGGGGACUAUGAUUGUACAAAAGGUUUAAUACUGGAUUAUCAUUUCUUAUGCAAGGAUGUAUUUAUGUGUAGUAAUUACAGCACCAAGAAAAUAUUCUUGAUCUGUUUAUUUCAUAUAAAAUUGUACUUUAAAGUUUAUCCACACUGUAAGCCUGAAUGCUAGAUACCUUUUCGUUUUGUC